GGAUACAGGUGAACGACAAUCAUGUGAUUAACACACACUCACACACACGCGCGCACGCACAUAAAAGCUUUUUAAGAGCGUCCAGCUUGCUCCAGACCCGAAGACGGGAGAGGAGACCCAGGCUAGGACGAGUUGAGACGGCGGCGGUGGCUAGGAUGGGGACAGCCACUGGGACGGACGAGCGGGCACCAGCGGCUCUCUGCAAAAUCCCCUUCCUGUGGAGCUAACUGGAAUUUCUAUGAUGCAACUUGCAAGACUUGCCUCUUGCCUAUUGCUGUGCAAAAAGCCUUGGGAAGAAACUAACUCUGUGUCCUGUGCAUCACCCUCAGCCAGGGCCAAGCGCUGUUUUGCUGCUGAGCCCCAGCGAGCUCCUCACGUGCGGAGAUCAGGGCCUGGCUCAUCAAUUCCAGUGCCUCACUGAUGGAAAACUCCCGUCAGCAUCCAGGGUCAGGGUGUCAGCCCCUGCUCUCCACAGAGCUCCCACUUGAAGGACUGCGUUUCUCAUUCAGCUUCUCUUCAUAAAUAAACCACCUCUUAGACCCAGGACUUCAAAGUGAUUAUUAACAACACGCUCUUGCCCUUGUACUCCAGCACUGUGGGUGGCUUCAGUUGGCGUUUUGAUGUACGCGGUCAAGAGGUUCGUGGGGCUGCACACUGCAAACACCAGACACCCUCUCAGCCAGCAAGAGAGGUCAUUGUCAUCGGCCAGUCCUUGUUGCUGAUCACAGUGGAGUUUUCAGUUCAAAAACUGCCUUUUUUAAAAAAUCUGGGUCAAUAAGUCAGGUUUGGCAGCCUGGUAAUUGCUCAGAAGCCAGCAGUGCUGGAAGAGAUGACACGUAAUGCAACAGGCAACUGCAUUCCUAUGGGAAAUGAAAGCAUUCUCCAGUGAUGGUGCUGUCUUGAUGGAGGCAGAAAAUGCAUUUGCACACCUGAUCCCUACCCUGCCGCACACACCACUGAGGACAGAACAGCGCAGAAACUUGGUGAUCCUGCUGUACGCAUGGUGGUUUUGCACACAGCUGUGCUGACAGGCUUCCAAAACGUUACUUCCACAGGUCACCGCUGCCUUGCCAGCAGCACGAGAAAUUGUGCCAGCCAGUUUCAAAGCCCUUUGUGUCCCUGCUGUUAUCUGAAUCACCAGUUCGGGACAUGUCCACAUUCACAAACGUGUUUCUGAAACGCUCCCUUUCUGUGGGAGGCCAGUGCUGGGGGUGUUUGCGUAGGGGUGUCACCUUCCACAGGAAGUUUGGAAUAAGCAGUUUCAGGUGAACAGGCUCCACUUAACUAAAGCAAUGUUUGCAGAUUUGGACUAUGAUAUUGAAGAAGAUAAGCUGGGCAUCCCCACUGUACCUGGGACGGUGACCCUGAAGAAGGACUCUCAGAACCUGAUUGGGAUCAGCAUUGGGGGAGGAGCACAGUACUGCCCCUGUCUCUACAUUGUCCAGGUAUUUGAUAACACCCCAGCAGCCUUGGAUGGCACCGUAGCAGCUGGUGAUGAGAUCACGGGAGUGAACGGCAAGUCUGUCAAAGGGAAGACCAAAGUGGAGGUGGCCAAGAUGAUACAGAUGGUAAAGGGAGAAGUGACAAUACACUACAACAAGCUUCAGGCUGACCCAAAGCAGGGCAAGUCUUUGGAUAUCGUAUUGAAGAAGGUAAAGCAUCGACUGGUAGAGAACAUGAGCUCAGGGACAGCGGAUGCUCUGGGGUUAAGCCGGGCCAUACUUUGCAAUGAUGGACUGGUGAAGAGAUUAGAGGAGCUGGAGAGGACUGCAGAGCUAUACAAAGGCUUGACAGAGCACACGAAGAGUCUUCUCAGAGCUUUUUUUGAGCUGUCUCAGACACAUAGAGCAUUUGGAGACGUUUUCUCUGUCAUUGGUGUACGGGAGCCACAACCAGCUGCCAGUGAAGCCUUUAUAAAAUUUGCUGAUGCCCAUCGCAACAUUGAGAAGUUUGGGAUUCACCUUCUGAAAACCAUUAAGCCGAUGCUCACUGACUUGAACACAUAUCUGAAUAAAGCCAUUCCUGACACAAGGCUGACUAUCAAAAAAUACCUGGAUGUCAAGUUUGAAUAUUUGUCUUACUGCCUGAAAGUCAAAGAGAUGGAUGAUGAAGAGUACAGCUGCAUUGCUCUGAAUGAACCCCUCUACCGGGUCAGCACUGGGAACUAUGAAUACCGCCUUAUCCUGCGUUGCCGGCAGGAGGCUCGCACACGCUUCGCCAAGAUGAGGAAGGAUGUGCUAGAGAAGAUAGAGCUCCUGGACCAGAAGCACGUGCAGGACAUCGUGUUCCAGCUCCAGCGUUUCGUCUCCACGAUGUCCAAGUACUACGACGACUGCUACGCCGUCCUCCGAGAUGCAGACGUCUUUCCCAUUGAGGUGGACCUUGCCCGCACUACUCUCAACUAUGGGCAGGACACGUACAUGGACGGGGCAGAAGAAGAAGGAGGAAGCGAGAGAGAGGGUAGCGGGAAGGAGGACGCAAAUGGUGAAAAGCUCAUUGAUGAUGCCUGACUGUGUUGGCAUGGCCAGAGGAAAGACUUUGCAGACUGUUAUAAAAACAUGUAUUUCACAUGGCAAUUCAUCCUCCGUGAUUUCUGUGUAUGUGCAGCCUGGGAUUCCUCCUCUGCUUCGGGUCGGGGUAGCUGGUUGGAUUGGGACCAACCUCUGCUUUCCUCUCUCUUCCCUUGCUUGUUUGCCUGGAUAUUACUUGUUCCCCCAGAGACUUCUGCUGCCCAACUUGGGUACCGAGGUGUGAGGAUGAUCCACUACCACACCACCACGUGACUCUGUGUGCAGGCAGGGCACUGCUGAGCAUGUGGGGUGCACCACUCUCCUCUGGCACAUGGAAGCCAGUCAGACAUCUGGAGAUGAUUACAAAUUGCAAGAACAGCCCCCUUCUGUCCUCUCCUUGUGCUAUGGGAAAGUGCUAGCACCAGCAUUGGCUUUUUUACCCCACUGCUCGCAGUUUUCGAACUUCCCAUUCUCUGGCCUAUUUGAAGCUUCCUUGUCUCUCCCAUGGGCUGCAGGACUGAUUUUUGUAGGAGGAUCACUCCCACCACUGCCACAUCUUUGCACCACAUUUUAAGAAACAGGAGCAAGUCCGAACUGGUGCCUAGAACUGGUGGUGGCACAUGUGAUCUGAUCACCACCUCCACCCAAGGGGCUGCUGGAGGCUCUCAAAGCAGGGGCUGGUAUCAUAGAAUCAUAGAAUACCAGUCUGGAAAGGACCACAAGGAUCAUCUGGUCCAGCCUUUUCCAACCAGUCCAUGCUGGGCUGCUGCAACCUUGCUGCAAAGGUUUAGAAGUCUCGUCCCUGACCACCAUCUUCUUCAUCGUCCCUGAGCUCCUGCCCAGCUGGCACCACAUGCACACUUCAUAGCUAUAGCCCAGGGGGUGUUCCAGCUCCAGCUGGAGCAGGGCUCGAAUCUUGCAGGAUGUGGCUCUGUCCCUCUCUGGGGGAGAGGAGGGACCUGGCUCAGGAAGAAGCCCUCCUGCUUGGCAGAGAUGAUGAGGUAAAGGUGCUUGUCUGAGGCAGAGAGGUUCCUGGGAAUACCUGCAAAGGUGCAGGUAUUUCUUUUUCCUCUUUCACUUCUGUUGUGGCUCUUUGCGAUGGACAAUAAUGAAAUGUGCUUCUUGAGGAAGUGCAGCCAGUCCUGCACACUCUUUUCUUGUGCAGGUGCCAGGAGGAGACACCUGAGAACCACAAAGGAGAUAUCCCAUCCUUAAACUAGAGGAGAGAGGCGGGAAGCUUUAUGGAGAGAAAAAGACGUGGCCUGUAGGCAGAGGCUUUGAGGUUUUUUAGUGCAAAGCGUGAAUAGCCCACCCACUCCUGCUCUCCUCACGUCUCUGCACAACCAUUUUGUGCUGCCUCUGGGCCAGCCAGAAGCAGCAGCAAACAUCCCAUUCCCCAGCACAAGGGAAGGGGGAAGGAAAACCAAGGUCGGUGAGGCUGCUUCCCUCCUCCUUCCUUUUCUCUUCCCCUCCCUCCCUCCCUCCUUGUGGGCCAGAUUCAGGUGGCACUUUCCCUUUUAGCAGGCAGCACAACUGCCAGGAGUGGUGUGCUUCUCAGAGGCCAGGGUUUUGACUUCUCUGUCAUUACAUUCCGGUGGUAGUGAGAGAAGUUAUUUAAAGGGCAUUAAUUUAUGAUUGAGAUGUUUGUUUUGUUUUUUUUUUCUCUUUGAUUUGUUUUUUUGGAGCUUAGUCAUCUCUGUGGGUGCCUGGAAGAAAGCCAUUUGUGGUCAGGCUGCUCUGGAAGCUUUAAAUGGACUCUGGUGUACUGAUUGUUGUCUCUAAUAAAGAAAAAUGUGACAUUUC